GUGACACCUUUCUCAUGUAUUUACAUACAUAGCUCGCACCAAGAAUAACUCGAAAACCUUCAUGUUACCAGGGGAUCGUAUAAGAUCAUACAAGAUCAUACACCCUCUCUACUGACAGAUUGAUAUCGCCUUCCCUGACUUCCGUUCAAAAUCAUCCAACAUUCAUUGUUGGACGUCCAACUCGCUAAUUUCUGAUCAUUAACAUUAAUCAUGAUUCUUGACAAUCUCGAUUCUCGGGCCCCUCUUCUGUCCAAACAAUAAAUUCCUUUCAGGAAUACUGAUAAGCUUCUCGCAAUCCUCCUUCAACGACGACCAUCACCAGACCAUCACUUAUUACAAUUUCGCCGAAUCAAGAUUGUUAUGCACUCAAAUGAAAUUUUGUUUCCACUCAUUCAUCCAGCGUUGAGCGUUGUUCCGACCACCUCUCAUAUAGGGCGUCGUAAUGCUCGUCGUCCCUUACAAUCAUCUCCACUGACUGGUCCCGCACUUUCCAGCGAGGGUGCUGUCAUUCAAGAAGAUCAUGUUCUUGGUAGACCUAGGCCGUCUAGGAUUUCAUCGUUACCAGAAUUCUCGAAAUCCACUGAUUACUGGGUAGAAUCUAUUCCACCUCUUCCAGUCUCGGAAUCCCAUCAACGCAAAUCUUUACCACCCGCACAUUUGACUAUAUCUAAUUCCACUCCUCUUUUACCAAAGACAUCUUCAUCAUGCCCUUCCAAACCUCCUCGACCGUCCUCUGGAGGAAAUAUACAUUCCCUAUCACAAAAUAUUUCCCAUGCGCCACAUCGGACUUCAUCCUCCCUCCAUGACACCGGUGAGACAUGGCUCAUUACCAGUACGUACGAGGAGACGCCGCGUUUUAGCAGGCCUAAUAAAGGGUCCAACGUUGUGAUGCCCGUAUCGGUCAAAGAACACCGAAGAAAGUCACUAGCUAGCGUAAAGUCUCAACCCAGCCUUCGCGAUCGCAGUGCAAAUAGAACUCGCGAUGUUCGUCGUGAGGAUGGCGUUUUAAAGCGGACUAUUCAGCCAAGAAGAAGCUUAUCAUCGCUCCCCAGCAAAGUCCGUCAACGUGCCAACGCUAUCAUGAGCCUAGACACCGAUGUGGCAGACUCUUGCGGCAACGCCAUUCCACGUCAACCAUAUUCUAGAAGUGUCACUUCUCGACCUUCUUCGUCCACAAAAAAUAUUUCUGAUAACGAUUCCUUCAUUUCCUCACCCCCUCCUCUUCCUCCCAGCGACUCCGCACACAGCAGUGAAAGCUUCAUCUCGAACUUUGUAAUCGUUGAUGAUGCCGAAACCAUUCAGCCUGAUUCCACUGAUCUAGUUCUUCCAGGCAGUGCGGACCUACUUCCCCUCCAACCUCCAGAUCAUCAGCGCUCAGCAUCGAACACAACCUCAAAAUCCAGCACAGUUUCUAUUGAUUCUCGCAACAGUUUUGGGGCCUUCAAAUGGCGUACAAAGGAUGUCUUGAGGAAAAGCAGAUCCUUUGUGCAUUCACGAGCUUCUUCUAGUGUAGAUCCCAUUCUGGGAUCGACUGUUUCCUCUCCAUUCGUGGCUCCUCGUAAACACGUAAAGGGCUUUAGCUUUCUGUCUUUCUCCAGUUCGGAUGACUCACACUCAUUCCAUGUUCCUCCCGUGCCAGGCUCACUCCCAGAUGGCAUUGGUAUGACAACUAUCAGCGAUACCAGUUCUGACUCUGACCUUGCUACCGACGACACUCACAUUGAUUAUCAAAAAGAAGCGGGACAGCUGUUGUACGAUGCUUUCCCGCGUCCUCCCUCUAUCGAUUAUAAUGCGAUAUCAUCCAUGCUCCCGGCUCCCCUCGGUGAACACAAUCGUAGCAACCUUCACGCUCUUCCGAAAACCCGUCCUCCUGAGUUGGAUAUGAAUGAAAGGCUGGGAAGCCCUCUCCCUCGAACGCCCACUCCCUCAUCACCAACUGGAUCAUCGUCUAGAACUCUGGUGUCGCCACCCACUCCCACUUUUAAGGCUUUCAAACGAGGAACUCCCGACCAGAUUCUUCCCCAGAAUAUUGGCUUCGGUGGACGACCGUUUGCCUCAACCCUGGACUUAUCCUCUACAUCUCCGCUGCGUGAUUCACCGACCGCCAGCUUCUUAAGCAUCGGGGAUGAUAAUGUGAUACCUCCUCGUGUUUCGUCCAGACCAAAACUCCCAGGGGCUGCUUCCGCAAAGGCGAUGAAUUUGCUCGGUGUACUAGACGGGCCCAGUAAUCAGGCUCAGGCGGCAAUUCCGAGGACGGUGGGGACGAUGAAGAAAUUCUGGAAGAAUUUAACUGGUGGAGAGAAGGAUCUUGUAAAAUCCAGGGCCUAAUCGAACGGGCAAAAGCCUCGAUAUUUUUAUACCCUUUUUGACUUUCACUCUCUCUGAACCUUCUGUUUUACAGAAUCCAUUCCUUUCACUCCCUUGUACUGAUAACCAUUUUCGAUUUUGCUUCUAGAUUCCCUAUCUCUCAGGGAUUGUAUCGCGACCCGUCAAAUCCGAAUUACACUGA